AUGGAAUACAUUUUCCGAAAGAAGAGCGAAAACAGACGUGCCAAGCAGCUUGCUGACCAAGCUCAAGCUCGACGUGACAAGAAUAAGGAAGCCCGCAAGAGGAGGGAGGAACGCCAGCAUGCUAAGCGAACCGAGCUACUUCGCAAGAUUUCGGAAAGUGAAAAGAUGGCUGAGCAGAAGUGA